AUGCCGCUCGAGUGGCUUCUAGGGAAGAAGAAGACUCCCGCAGAGAUACUGCGGGAGAACAAGCGUCUCCUCGACAGGUCGAUCCGCGACAUCGACCGCGAGCGCACGGGGCUGCAGAACCAGGAGAAGAAGCUGGUGGUGGAGAUCAAGCGGAUGGCGAAGCAGGGCCAGAUGGACGCGGUGAAGGUGAUGGCCAAGUCGAUGAUUCGGAACCGCAAGGCGGUGACCAAGCUGCACCACCUGAAGAGCCACCUCCAGGGCAUCUCCCUGCGCAUCCAGACGCUCAAGUCGACGCAGAGCAUGGCGCAGGCCAUGCGCGGGGCGACCAAGGCCAUGAGCGUGAUGAACCGGCAGCUCAACGUGCCGGCGCUCAACGGCAUCAUGAAGGAGUUCGAGAAGCAGAACGAGCGCAUGGAGAUGGCCGAGGACAUGAUGGGCGACGCGCUCGACGACGCCUUCGCCGACGAGGACGAGGAGGAGGAGACGGACGAGCUGGUGGGGCAGGUGCUCGACGAGAUCGGGCUGGACAUGGACGUGAUGCUCGCCAGCACACCUGCGCCGAAGCAGUCCGUGGCUGCUGCGCCGCAGCGCGUGGCGGCGGGCGUGGGCGCGGGCGCGGGUGGCGCGGACAACCUCCCGGACCUCCCGCCGGACGACGACCUGAAGAACCGCCUCAACAACAUCCGGAAGGGGUGA